CGGCGCAUGCGCGUGGCGCCGCGCAGAUUCGCGCUUCUUUAUAGCUUCGGAGAUUUAAGGGUGGCUUCUGGUUCCCAGGGCUUUACCUUGUGGCUGUAUGCGGUCCCCGAGCCGAGGAUGGAGCAGCUAAACGAACUGGAGCUGUUGAUGGAGAAGAGUUUCGGAGAGGAGGCUGCGGCGCCAGAGGAGCAAUUUCAGAAGAAGAAGGAAGCUUCCUUUCCUAAGACAAUUCUGAGCCACGGAAUGGAUAACCGCUACCUGGUGUUAGCAGUCAAUACAGUACAGAAUAAAGAAGGAAACUAUGAAAAACACCUAAUCAUCACUGCUUCCCAAUCCCUAGACUAUAAAGAACAGUGCAUCCUUAGGAGUGACUGGUGUUCUGUACCAGUAGAGCCAGGGGAUAUCAUUCAUUUGGAAGGAGAUUGCAAAUCUGGCACAUGGAUAAUUGAUGAAGAUUUUGGAUAUCUGAUUCUGUAUCCAGACAUGCUGAUUUCUGGCACAAGCAUAGCCAGUAGUAUUCGAUGUAUGAGAAGAGCUGUACUAAGUGAAACUUUUAGGAGUUCUAAUCCAGCCACACGCCAAAUGCUGAUUGGUACCAUUCUCCAUGAAGUGUUUCAAAAAGCGAUAAGUAGUAAGAGCUUCACCCCUGAAAACCUGCAAGAACUUUCUUGUCAAAUUGUUCAGGAAAUAAAGCAUUUGAAAGAAAUGUACCGCUUGAAUCUGAAACCAGAUGAAGUAAAACAAGAAGUAGAGGAGUAUCUUCCUUCAUUUUCUAAGUGGGCUGGAGAUUUCAUGCAUCAGAGUACUUCAACUGACUUCCCUCAAAUGCAGCUCUCUCUGCCAAGUGAUGGUAGUAAUAAUAACUCAACACAAAACAUUGAAGUAAUAAACUCACUGGAUAUUGAAGAAAGCAUUUGGUCCCCUAGGUUUGGAUUGAAGGGCAAAAUAGAUGUUACAGUUGGUGUGAAAAUACAUCAAGGUUCUAAAACAAAAUAUAAAAUAAUGCCAUUGGAACUUAAAACCGGCAAAGAAUCCAAUUCUAUUGAACACCGUAGUCAGGUUGUUCUGUACACGCUGCUAAGCCAAGAGAGAAGAGCUGAUCCAGAGGCUGGCUUACUUCUCUACCUCAAGACUGGGCAGAUGUACCCUGUGCCUGCUAACCAUCUAGAUAAAAGAGAAUUAUUAAAGCUAAGAAACCAAAUGGCAUUUUUUUUGCUGCAUCGUAUUAGCAAAUCUCCUGGAAAGGAGAAGACACAGCUCACUUUUUUGCCACAAGUAAUUGAGGAAGAGAAAACCUGUAAAUAUUGUUCACAAGUGGGAAACUGUGCUCUUUAUAGCAGAGCAGUUGAACAACAGAUGGAUGAAAAUUCAGUCCCAGUGGUUAUGCUGUCCAAAAUUCAAGAAGAAACUUGUCAUCUGAAACUCACACACUUAGAGUAUUUCAGCCUUUGGUAUCUAAUGUUAACCCUGGAGUCACAAUCAAAAGAUAACAGAAAGAAUUACCAAAAUAUCUGGUUAAAGCCUGCUUCAGAAAUGGAGGAGAGUGGCAACUGCAUCGGAAACCUGAUUAGAACAGAACAUGUAAAGAGAGUUUGCGAUGGACAGUAUUUACAUCAUUUCCAGCGUAAAAAUGGUUCUAUGCCUGUCACAAACCUAAUGGCAGGUGACAGAAUUAUUUUAAGUGGAGAAGAGAGAACACUGUUUGCUUUGUCUAGGGGAUAUGUGAAGGAGAUUAACAUGACGACAGUAACUUGUUUAUUAGACAGGAACUUGUCAGUGCUUGCAGAGUCAACUCUGUUCAGAAUAGACCAGGAAGAAAAAAAUUGUGAUAUAGAUACCCCUUUAGGAAAUCUCUCUAAAUUGAUGGAGAACACUAAUGCCAGCAAAAAACUUCGAGAUUUAAUCAUUGACUUUCAUGAACCUCAGUUUAUACCCUACCUCAGCUCUGUUCUUCCACGUGAUGCAAAGGAUACAGUUGCCAACAUUCUAAAGGGAUUGAAUAAGCCUCAGAGACAAGCAAUGAAAAAGGUUCUUCUUUCAAAAGACUAUACCCUUAUUGUGGGUAUGCCUGGGACAGGAAAAACAACUACAAUAUGUACUCUCGUAAGAAUCCUCUAUGCCUGUGGUUUUAGUGUUUUGUUAACCAGCUAUACACAUUCUGCUGUUGACAAUAUACUUUUGAAGUUAGCCAAGUUUCAAAUAGGAUUUUUGCGUUUGGGUCAGACUCAAAAGGUUCAUCCAGAUAUCCGGAAAUUUACAGAAGAAGAAAUUUGCCGAUCUAAGUCCAUUAAAUCCUUAGCUCUUCUAAAAGAACUUUACAACUGUCAACUUAUAGUUGCAACAACAUGCAUGGGAAUAAGCCAUCCAAUAUUUUCCCGUAGAACCUUUGAUUUUUGUAUUGUGGAUGAAGCAUCUCAAAUUAGCCAACCAGUUUGCCUGGGGCCACUUUUUUUUGCUCAGAGAUUCGUGUUGGUGGGGGAUCAUCAGCAGCUUCCUCCCCUGGUGCUAAACCCAGAAGCAAGUGCUCUUGGCAUGAGUGAAAGCUUAUUCAAGAGGCUGGAGAAGAAUCAAAAUGCUGUUGUACAGUUAACAGUGCAGUACAGAAUGAACAGUAAAAUUAUGUCUCUAAGUAAUAAGCUGACCUAUGAUGGAAAGCUGGAGUGUGGAUCAGACAAAGUGGCCAAUGCAGUGAUAAACCUACCUCACUUUAAAGAUGUAAAGCUGGAACUGGAAUUCUAUGCUGAUUAUUCUGAUAAUCCUUGGCUGAUUGGAGUAUUUGAGCCAAAUAAUCCUGUUUGUUUUCUUAAUACAGAAAAGGUUCCAGCACCAGAACAAGUUGACAAAGGUGGUGUGAGCAACGUAACAGAAGCCAAACUCAUAGUUUUUCUGACCUCAAUGUUUAUUAAGGCUGGAUGUAAUCCCUCUGAUAUUGGUAUCAUUGCACCAUAUAGACAGCAAUUAAAGAUCAUCAAUGAUUUGUUGGAACAUUCUUCUGUUAAGAUGGUCGAAGUUAAUACAGUAGAUAAAUACCAAGGAAGAGACAAAAGAAUCAUCCUAGUGUCUUUUGUUAGAAGUAAUAAGGAUGGAACCCUUGGUGAACUCUUGAAAGAUUGGCGACGUCUCAAUGUUGCUAUCACCAGAGCCAAACAUAAACUGAUUCUCCUGGGCUGCGUGUCCUCACUGAAGCGCUAUCCUCCUUUGGAGAAGUUAUUUUGUUAUCUAAACACAGAAAAAUUAAUCAUUGAUCUCCCGUCAAGAGAACAUGAAAGUCUCUGUAACAUUUUGGAUGAUUUUCAAAGAGGAUAAAAUGCUGUUUUCCUUGCUUUUUGAUAUCUGGACAGUGUCUCUUGGCUCGUGUCUAAGAUUCAUAAUUUAGCUUUGCUCUAAAGGCCGUGUUUGGUUAAACUGUGAAAAUGACUUUUAAUCUUUUAACAUACAAUUCUAUUGCCAUACAAAAUUCAACACUACCUUUUUUCCAGUACAGAUGUGCUCCAAACUUUGGAAAGUCUAAAUUUAUAAGUAUGAUAAAUUCAUUUUGUAUGACCUAGAUAAAGAGUUUGAGGCCGGGCGCGGUGGUGCAACUUGGGAAAUUGGGAAGCGGCUCAGUGGUCAAGUGCCCCAGAGUUCAAUCCCUGGUACCCGACCCCCCCAAAAAAAAAAUUGACAAGAUUUUUUUUACCAACUUUAAAGAUGGAUUAAAUUUUGGAUCUAAGCUUUACAUUUUUAAGUUUAAAAUUUCAAAACUAAUUUGAUUUAUAGAUUCAGUCAUAAGAAUUAUAUCUGCAAGUUGGGCACAGUGAUGCAUGCCUAUAACCCCAGCAACUUGGAAGGCUGAGGCAGGAGAAUCCCAAGUUCAAGGCCAGCCUGGGCAGCUUAUCAAGACCCUAUCUCAAAAUAAAAAAGGCUGGGGGUGUGGCUCAGUGGUAUAGUCCCCUGGGGUUCAAUCUCCCCAUCCUCAGUAUCACACUCACAAAAAAAAGGUAUAGUCCCUAUUUUCAAUUAUUCUGUUUGUUUACCUCUUUGUUUGGGGACAUUAUUAAAUUUUCCCUUUUUGUAUAAAGAUACCUCAGAGUGAUUAAUUGUAUAUAUGAUGACAGAGUUUAGCCUUAGGGUUUCCAUCUUCUGGAAGAAAAAUCUUUCUAUUGAGUGUUUUUGUUUAACAUUAAUUUAACAUUCGUUAAAUAUUUUUAAAAUUAUUGCUUCUACCUUUGAAAUUCUUAUUUAAUAAAUUGUUUUUUACUGAUGGA